AUGCUUCUAGUUGGUGGACAUUUUGACACCCUCAUUAUUGGCGACAUCCCCGGUAAUGUCAUCCAGCAUCAACACUAUCGUAUAUUGACCGACCGUGCUCAGAAGCACACGGUGGAUAGCUCAAAGUCCCGCCGUAAACGGGCCAAACGGAAUUUCCAGGGGACAUUUCUGCUCGCGAAGUGCACCGUCCACCAGCGUCUCGCUGCCGCACGUCACCGUGGCCCUGCUUCGACCCCCUCGCCGACGACCGAUUUCCGGGUUUUUCUUGGCAACAUCAAAGCGCCGACAUCCACCCGCUUCUCGUACCGACGGACUCUACCCCUGCUCCCUUCUCUAUGCCCACCUCACCAGCUCGCACACCUGGCACGGGAUCAGAAGCCCAUGCCUCUUCUAGGUACUAUCGUUGGAUUGAAGUCCGAAAUGGGAGUGCAGAAUGCAGGCUCAGAUUGGAAUUAUGAUUCGGUUCUAAUGGAACGGACUCGAUUACCGGCAACGAGCAAAACCUGGUUUCGACCGACCUUUUCGAACUCGAGAACAAAUGGGUUAAGAUUCCAAGGGACAAAAUCGGGGUUAACGUUCUCACCGCUGGCGACGCCUUUUGCGUUAGAAGGAAUCACCUUGUACGAUGGAAACCCGGGUCCUCCCAUCGGCAAGGAAUGCAAUCUCGUGCUUUCAUGUCGUUUGACAACGGUGCGAUGCAUCAACAAUUAUCUCUGCACCGAUAAAGCUUUGGCUUCCGUUUUCCGCAAUCGGUCCAACUUCGCCUUGACCUACGUGGAUCUCCACUCGUUCGGAGAAGUCGACAUGUCCUAG